ACACAGGAAGAUCACACCAUCCCUCGCCAUGAUCAGGGUGAAGAACGGAUUAAUAUACAAGCUAAGGCUCCAGAGGAACAAGUGGAGACGUAUGAGGGGGAUGAUCAGCCGUCCGAGGUGGAGGUGACUAUAGAGGGUGAACCGGAUGAAGCCCCUCUAACGGGCAAAACAAGUACUGAUCCACGUGGAAAAAAGCGAAAAUCCUCGGUUCUCGAAAUGAAAGAAAAUUCGGUUUUAUCUUUGCAAAAACACCCCUUCACAAAGCGAUCGGACGAAGAAAAAAAAAGGAUAAAGGAGCUUGGACCAGAUCGACCCAACUUGGCAAUUCAGCAGCAGACAACGGAUCGUGGUCGAGCUUACACUCGGAGCUUUUCCAACACAAUUUAUCAGACACGCAAUUGGCUAACUGGAUGCGAGGCGAGUCAGGCCUUUUUUUGUUUUCCCUGUUUGCUGAUGCAGUGUGCUGGCACCGAUACGUUGUGGACCAGAAUGGGGGUUUGCGACUUAAAACAUCUCACUGAAAAGUCCAAACGGCACGAAAGUACCCGAAGCCAUCUUGAGAACACUUUGAGGUUGCAUUUUUUCGGGAAGUCUAGCAUUACUAAACAGCUAGAUGAAGGCUACAGGAUUGGCAUUAGAAAGCACAAUGAAGAGGUCACAAAAAAACGGCAAAUCCUGUCUAGAAUUAUAGACUGUAUGAAAUUUUGUGGCGCAUUUGAGCUGGCUAUGCGUGGUUGUGACGAGAGCUCCGAUAAUCCCGGGAUAUUCCGUGGCUUGGUGGAUUUUGUUGCAUCCCUUGAUGGAGUUUUGAAAGACCACCUCCAGAAUGCCACUGUGUUUAACGGAACUUCGACAACCGUGCAGAACGAGCUGUUGGACUGUAUGUUGUCCGUUAUGAGGGAGCACAUUAUCCAAGAAGUACGGACCAGUGAGUUUCUCUCAAUCCAGGUCGACGGGACCACCGAUAUUGCCACGCAGUGUCAACUUGCGCUUGUGCUGCGCUACAUUGACGCCAAAAGCAACGUACAGGAGAGGUUUUUUGAGUUUAUUUCAUUGCCUUCCAAUACAGCCGAUUCAAUUGCUACGGCACUAAAGGAGCGUCUUGCUGCCAUCCUUCCAGAGGAUCAAAGGAGUAAAUUUAUCUCCCAAACAUAUGAUGGUGCCAGCGUGAUGUGGGGUGUUCAAAAGAAGAUGCAAGAGGUGUACCCAAAGGCCCAUUUCGUCCACUGCUAUGCCCAUCCGCUCAAUCUUAUAGUGGAACAAGCCACUUCUCGCAUACCCAAAGUGAGAGUUUUUUUUGCUACUCUUGGAGGAUUUGCCAGCUUUUUUUCGAAAUCCCCCAGGUGCACAGAUGUACUUGAUAAAGUAGUCGCCCAUAGACUAUCAACAUCAAGCCAUGUCAGUUGGAACUUCCACAGCCAUUCCAUCUAUACAGUGUUUAAGCACAGAGAGGACCUCAUUCGCUGUUUUCAAACUAUACAAGACUCAGGUGACUUUGACCCCGUUACCGUCAGAGCAGCAGGAGGCUUUGCCAUGCUGCUGGAGGAUCAAGAUUUUAAGUUUUUUCUGCAGUUUUUCCACGACAUCAUGCCCCAUGUGGACCUCCUCUAUGUUAAACUCCAGAAGAAGAACAUAGAUUCAACCCACAUUAAGGGGGGUAUCCAGCAGUUCCAGCAGGACAUACAGAAGAUCAGAAGUUCUCUCAAUUCCCUGGCUAACCAAAGCAGCGAAGGUGGCUCUCAACCAAAGAGGCGCGCGCCCAAUCCAGAACUUGUCCAUAAACGGAUUGCAGCGGAGGUCUGUGAUAUCAUAGUCUUACUCACCAAGGAGCGGUUCUCCUUCACAAGCCACCUCGUUAGCACCACCUUGCUUCAAGCCGACAGGUUUAAACAGUACACAGUGGAGUUUCCCGAAGAUGUACUGAAGAGUACUUUGAAAGCCUAUCCAGUGCUCAAUUUGAGUAGGUUGAAGACGGAGCUUUUUCUCAUCUACGGCACGGAAGAGUUCAGAGCCUGUCGUGGUGCCGUAGACUUACUCAAGCUAUUUAUGGAGAACAAUCUGGAAGAAGUCUUUGUAGAGACUAUUUCUCUCCUAAAGAUCCUCAUCACCACACCCAUGACCACAGCAGAACCCGAGAGGUGCUACUCGACUUUGGAAAAAGUAAAGACUUUUCUGAAAAACAACAUGACCCACGAGAGGCUGAAUGCAUUGGCCAUGCUGUCGAUAGAAAAGAGACUGGUGAACGAGAUGGUUGAUUUCAACCAGAAGGUCAUUGAAAAAUUUGCAGUGCAGAAAGAAAGGAGAGAAACCUUUUCUUUCAAAUAGUGCUAAUGGCCAGUGAUUAGGCACCUUCAGUGUGUGUUUUUUGUUUUUAGUUGUUGAAUGAUUACAGUGGAACCUCGGAUUGCGAGUAACGAGAGUUUUGCAA